AUGGGUGAGCAACUUAGCUUCCGCGGCCACCUCAAGGGCCACUCCGAUUGGGUCACGUCGAUCGCGUGCCCGAUCGACAACAGCGAUUCUAUUAUCUCAUGCUCGCGCGAUAAGGGCAUCAUGUCGUGGUCGCUCACUCGCGACGCCGCCUCCGCCACGGGCGUGCAGCUCGCCGGAGUGCCCAAGCGCCGCCUCACCGGCCACGGCGGUUUCGUGCAGGACGUCGUGAUCUCGUCCGACGGUCAGUUCGCUCUCUCCGGCUCGUGGGACAGCACGCUCCGCCUGUGGGACCUCAACACCGGCGCGACCACGCGCCGCUUCGUCGGCCACACCAAGGACGUGCUCAGCGUCGCCUUCAGCGUCGACAACCGUCAGAUCGUGUCCGGGUCGCGCGAUCGCAGCAUCAAGCUGUGGAACACGCUGGGCGAGUGCAAGUACACGAUGAACGAUGCGGACGCUCACCAGGGGUGGGUGUCGUGCGUGCGCUUCUCCCCCGUCAACACUCAGCCCAUUAUCGUCUCCGCCGGCUGGGACAAGGUGGUGAAGGUGUGGAAUCUGACCAACUGCAAGCUCCGCCAGAACCUGCUGGGCCACACCGGCUACGUCAACACCGUGACCGUUUCCCCUGAUGGCUCGCUGUGCGCGUCCGGCGGAAAGGACGGCGUGGCAAUGCUGUGGGACCUGGCGGAGGGCAAGCGGCUGUACUCUCUCGACGCGGGCGACAUCAUCCACUCGCUGUGCUUCUCCCCGAACCGCUACUGGCUGUGCGCCGCGACGCAGUCGUCGAUUAAGAUCUGGGACCUGGAGAGCAAGAGCCUGGUGGAUACCCUUGUGCCUGACUUUGAGCUGGUUCGCUCGCGCGGCGCCGGCGCGGAGUUCAAGGGCCAGACGCCGUACUGUGUGAGCCUCAACUGGAGCGCGGACGGAGCCACCCUCUAUGGUGGUUACACUGACGGUUACAUCCGCGUCUGGACCGUUGGCCGGGGCUUCUAA